GCCGUUCACACUCAUCCGCAUCCUGCAUUUCGUGGCCGUGUCUCGCUCGCUCCUCCUCCUAAAGUGGUUGGGGUAACAUUUCCUCCGCACAGAACAUAUACGGUAUAAGCAUGGCAAUUUCGGUGGAGGGUCUCCCGCCCUACCCAUCCAGCAAAGCGAGGGCAGCACUAUCACCCUCGCAGGCCGCAACACUCCACCAGACCAUCUCUUCUCGUCUUGCACAGACACUUGCUCUACCAGCAUCGCAAACCAACACGUCUGCUACCCAAGCAUUUAUCUCCUCCUAUGCGAAGGAUGCUGCACAACUCGUACUUAACUCGCUAAUUUGGGAGCAGUCACAGAGUGCGGGUCAGAAUGUCUUCGCGAACUUGUCUCCGGUGGAGAAGACUAUCCGACAGCGUGUAUUUCUCUUCGCGGAGAGGCUGGCGUCCUCAGGAUCUCUCAACUUGCAGACACUCCUGGAUCUCAGCGUAGCGUACGGCUUGACGAAUCUGACACGGUUCCGGAGUCUCUUCUCCACGGCGUUCUCUCAUAGCAGCUCACCGCUCGUCUCGCAGGUGAAGGACGAAGCGAUCCCUGCAUUCACCACUCUACUUGCGGACGCCAACACUCAAGGUCUAUACGGCCUGCGCAAGACGGCGCACAUCCUCUUCUCUCUCCUGCGCCCAGCGCCAUCGGACCUCACUCGUCUCUUCGCGCAGGACAAGCAUUUCAUGACCGCCCUCGCACGGGCCUACGAUUACGGGCUCGGGUCGAUCGCCCAAUCCUAUGGCGGGCUCAACGUCCGCUCCUCGAACGACGGCCCGCUAGACGACUGGGAGCGGCUUAUCCUCGAAACCAAAGUCGCACUCAUCGACAGCUUCCACCUGCUCAUCCGCGCACUCAUCGCCGACGUCGCAGCGCAGCCCGUACGCGCCGCGGACCCUGCGUUCGAGGUCAUCUUUGGCCUGCUCGACGUCCCGCGCUUCCGCCCGAAUGGGACAACGCCGUUCCUCGACCGUCCGCUCGUCGCGGACUACCAGCACGCGUAUGACCUUUCGCGCACGCUCAAGGACGCGCUGAAGAGCUUAGACGACCCCCGCGGCGAGCUCCUCGAGUCCGCCUUGCGCGCGCUCGAUGCGCCCGAGGGAGAGGGUUCCUCUGGACCUGGUGCACUGAAGCUCCUAUUGCGCUCGUCUGGCGUGCCGCCGGGCAUCGACGCGCGUGGGCGUGGAUCCUCUGCUCCUAGCAGCAGCAAAGGCAAGGGGAAGGCAGUGGCGGUAGAGCCACGCGCGGACCCUGCACUGGACGCGGCCGUCGCUCAGGUACUCGACAUCUUACCCGACAUGCCCGCGCCUUACUUGCGUUACCUCCUAUCGAGUGAAAGCUACCCGUAUCGCGGGGACGCGGAGCGGCUCCUGGGCGCGUUGUUGGAAGGCACGGCGCCGAGCCAGGAAGAGGUGGAUAGUGCGAUGCGCGCUGCGAAGGCCGAUGUGGGCGUGGUUGGUGCGGCGGAGAAAGCGCCGGACGAGUUUGUGUAUACGCGCGAGCGGCGGAACGUCUUCGACGAGGAGAAGAUUGAUCUAGGGAGCGCGAGGGUUGGGAAGAAGCGGGACGACGCGGAGACCCUUCUGCAGGACCGCUCCGUCGUAGCCGAGAUGAAAGCCGACAUACUCCGGCGCGCAGAAGAGGCCAAUUAUGACGAGGACGAUGAGGACGACGCGGACCUCUACGGGUACUCCGCCGCGGGCAAACCCAAAGGCAAGGUCGUUGCGUUCGAGGACGAGCUAGACGACGUCGAGGGCAGCGGGGUGAAGGUGCGCGAUGGUGACGAGAGCGAGCUGGACGGUCCGGACGGGGAGAGUGCGACGGACAGUGAGGAGGAUGAGGAGGAAAAGAGGAAGCCGGAGACGGUCUUGGAGUUAGCGUACCUAAGGGACCAGAAACUCUUUGAGAGGGAUGGACAGACGAGGAAGAGCAAGGCGCGGACGGAGCUGAAGGAACAGACAGGAUGGACAGACGAACAGAUCGAGGGGUGGAAAAUUAUGCUGGAACGGAAUCCAAACAAAGACAAGAUCCUCGCCAAACACGAGUUCACCGGCAACCAGAUCCUUCCCUCAUCCUCUUCUUCCCAAGACGCGCACCGAGGCACCCCCCGAGGCCGAGGUCGCGGACGGGGCGGCAGGGGACGUGGUGGCCGCGGGGGCGGUCGCGGUGGUGGUCGUGGAGGUGGACCGGGCGACACCGCGAGGGACAGGGUAUGGAAGGACAAGAACAAGGCGAGUCGGGGAAACCAUGACCGGAAGAGAGGGCAUGACAAGAAGAUGGCGAGGACUGGUGGACCGAGCUGAGCGAUAUGCGUGGAUGCGUGUGUACCUCCGACUAUAUCUGGUGUAUAUAACGUCCGCUGUCUUCUGGCGUGCUCAUUGUUGCGAUUUUACAGGGCCUGUCGGGGCCCCAAC